AUGUUUAUUUUCAGGACUAGCAGGGACCAGGACAGUGAAGAAGUAUUUGAAAAUGUUUUGGAAGGACUCCAAAGAAUUUAUACUAAGAAGCUGCUUCCUCUUGAGCAAACAUAUUUGUUCCAUGAAUUCCACUCUCCAAAACUGUAUGAAUCUGAUUUUAAAGCAAAACCAUCAGUUUUACUUAUUGGUCAGUAUUCCACAGGAAAAACUUCGUUUGUAAGAUACCUUCUAAAUGACGAAUAUCCGGGGAUGCGGAUUGGUCCUGAACCAACCACUGACAAAUUUAUUGUUGUAAUGCAUGGUGAGAAAGAAGGAAUCAUUCCUGGUAAUGCAUUGGUGAUGGAUCCGGAAAAGCAAUUUAGACCAUUAUCAAAAUUUGGAAACAAUUUUUUGAACAGAUUUCAAUGCUCAAUGAUGAAUAACGAAGUUCUUAAGUCAAUAUCAAUUAUUGAUACACCAGGCAUUUUGUCUGGAGAAAUGCAUCAUAUUGACCGAGGAUACGACUUCACAGGUGUCUUAGAAUGGUUUUCUGAACGAGUUGACCAAAUUAUUCUUCUGUUUGAUGCGCAUAAGCUUGAUAUCUCAGAUGAAUUUAAAAGGGCAAUUGAAGUUUUACGUAUUCACACAGAUAAAAUUAGAAUUGUGCUUAAUAAAGCUGAUACAGUGGAUCAUCAGCAGUUAAUGAGAGUUUACGGUGCUCUUAUGUGGUCAUUAGGCAGAAUAAUGCACACACCAGAAACAGCAAGAGUUUAUAUAGGAUCAUUCUGGGACAAACCAAUAAGAAAUGAUGUACACAAAAGAUUGUUUGAAGAUGAAGAACAAGAUUUGUUCCAUGAAAUGCAAUCUCUGCCACGAAAUGCUGCUUUAUGGAAACUGAAUGAACUAAGCAGAAGAGCACGUCUUGCCAAGGUUCAUGCAUACAUAAUAAGCACUCUUCACAAGGAAAUGCCAAUACUAUACAGAAAAGAAGCCAAAAAAGAGCAUUUAAUUCAACAUCUUGAUGUUAUUUACAAGAAUAUUGAACACAAAUAUCAGAUAUCUCAUGGAGACUUUCCAGAGCUGAAAAAAAUGCAGGAGCUGUUGGCGGAACAUGACUUCAGCACUUUUCAACCAUUGAAGCCUGAACUGUUUGAAACUGUGGAACACAUGCUUCAACAUGACAUCCCUCAUCUGAUGGAAAUGAUAGUCCAGGAUGAAAUUCAAAAUAACACUGAACCAGAGGCACAAGGAGGAGUUUUUGAGAUUUCUGAAGAGAUGAACAAUGACAGCUCCAACAAAAGGAAGAAGAAACAGCCUCUAACUGCAGCCACUGAGAAACUGAAAUGGUCAGCGGAAGCAAAGAAGGAAUUUGGAAACCCAGACCUGCCUGAUGGAGUCCUUGGAAGAAUAUGGAAACUAUCUGAUAUUGACAGUGAUGGUCAGCUGGACAGUGAUGAGUUCUCCCUGGCCAUGCAUCUAUUGAGGAAUAAAGUGUUCCAGGAGAAUUUAAAUCAGACACCAUUUUCAGAUGGUCUAGAUGAUAAAAUAGAAGUGUAG